GGCACACAAAAAAACGAGUCCCUAGGAGUUCCCGUCAUGGCUCAGUGGUUAACGAACCUGACUAGUGUCCACGAGGACACGGGUUUGAUCCCUGGCCUUGCUCAGUGGGUUAAGGAUCCUGCGUUGCUGUGGCUGUGGUGGUGACCAGCAGCUGUAACUCCGAUUGGACCCCUAGCCUGGGAACCUCCAUAUGCCGCUAGUGCGGCCCUAUAAAGACAAAAAAGACAAAAACCAAAACAAACAAACAAACAAAACCCAUGUCUUCAUCCAGCUUGUACCCAUUUAACAAAUGUUUAAUACACAGUAUGGGCACUGAACCAAUACAAAAAUAUGAUGGAACUUAUUUUUGCACCGAUCCGUGGAAGGUCCCACUAAAUGGUAGUGCCCAUGUUUUAAAAAACACCCAUCUGCGCCAGUCACUAGAGACUUACAAUUUCUACAUCUAAGAAGAACCCUGUGAGAUAGGUAUCAGUGUCCCCAGCCAGGACACUGAGGCUCAGAGGCAUAACCUGCCCCAGAAAGGAGUAGAGCCAGCGUGAAGCCCAAGUCCCUUCUACCUGGCUGCCUCUGGAAGACCUGGACCCUUCACUGACUGUAGGGUGAGAGGCGGCGGCGCUCCUCCAGCCCUCCCCCACUUCUGCCCCCAGCCCGGGAGUCUUCCAGAACCCCAGCCCCCUGCUGCCUCCCCUCCCCCCACUCCCGCCGCUCCCCGCCCCCCGCCCCUCCCCGGCUCUGACAUCACUGGCCAGCCGGGUGGGGUGAGGCGGCGCUGGGCUCGGGCUCCGCGGGCGGAAGAGGCGGCGGCGACAGCAGAAGCGGCGGCGUCGGCGGCGGCGGUGGCGGCGGGAGCCGAGGAGGAGGCUCCGGACGCUGCUCAGGAACCGGGGACGCCGGAGUGCCCGCUCCCCGAGCGCUCAGCCCCAGAGGCGUCAUGGCUGAAUACGGGACCCUCCUCCAGGACCUGACCAACAACAUCACCCUUGAAGAUCUGGAACAGCUCAAGUCAGCUUGCAAGGAGGAUAUCCCCAGUGAGAAGAGUGAGGAGAUCACUACUGGCAGUGCCUGGUUUAGCUUCCUGGAGAGCCACAACAAGUUGGACAAAGACAACCUCUCUUACAUCGAGCACAUCUUUGAGAUCUCCCGCCGUCCUGACCUCCUCACCAUGGUGGUUGACUACAGAACCCGUGUUCUGAAGAUCUCUGAGGAAGAUGAGCUGGACACCAAGCUGACCCGUAUCCCCAGUGCCAAGAAGUACAAAGACAUUAUCCGGCAGCCCUCUGAGGAAGAGAUCAUCAAAUUGGCUCCUCCACCGAAGAAGGCCUGAGCAAGGGGGAGGAAGAGGAGGAAGGUUGGACCUUCAUCGGACCACUCUCUUCCCCCAUCCUCCCGGGGAGGGUGCAAGGGCACCCCCCGCCACCCACUUACUAACCUGGUCCUAACCCCCUUACUGUGCGCGUGUGUGUGUGUGCGCACGCUCUGGCUGUCUGUCUAUAUGUCUAGCUCAUCUAGUUCCUCCUCCUUGUGAGGGGAUGGGGGUCAGGGGCUGGGGGUUGGGGGGGGCUCAGUUUCCCCACUCUAGGGGGAGUUGGGGGCUAUUUCUAUGCAAAUAGAAAUGGGCACAUUUCUCCUCCUUCCCUUUCCUCCACUCUUCCCCCACAUCUCUAAAGUGUGGGAGCAGAAAGGACCUUUAUUUUCCUACAUUGAGGAGGCAAGGUGGGAGGCAUGGGAGAGGUGGGUGAAUCUAAUAGAAAGCAGUGGGAGGGAAGAUGCAGAGACUACCCAACCCCCGCCUGGAAGGGUCAAAGAAAAGCCAGAGUUCGUGUCCGUACCCCAGUGCUGGACUGGCUGAAGAGUCUAGUUUCCAGCUGUUCCUCAGGUUGGAGGGCCUGGGCACGAGCAGGUUCCUUUUUGCUCCCUCUCAUGGGCCUAGGACGCGUAAGAGCCAGGGAACUGAAGAGCGAGGAUCACUGGAUCUUUUCUGGCCCCAGAAUUUAUCCCAUGGAGCACCCAGCAUUAGAUCCCGCCUCCGCCUCUGCUCUGGAGACUGCUGGGAACAUGCCCCACUGGGGCUGAGUGGGGAUGAGGGCAGAGUCCCCUCUUCUACUCCUUUAUUCCUACUCAGACUGUUGCACAUACUGACCUAGGGAGUUCGGAGAAUUGAGAUCCUUAGGUUUUAACUCUAAUCCUGCUUCCACCUAGAGUCCCAAUGUGGUUACUGCAGGCAACCUUUCCUCUCUCUGCAGUCAAGAACCCCUCCCCAAGCCAGAAAGGGGAUGAAGUUACCUACGGUGUUUUCUGUUGCACUGAUCCCCAGUUCAGUCCAGGAGGGGACCUGGUAACCCCUCUCCCUCAAUAUCCUGGCACCUUGGGCUUACGAGCGCCUCCUAGCCAAGUCACCAGAGUCCAGUGACCCCAGCCUCCUGCCUGUCCCAAGAUACCCCUGCCCACCCUGACCGUGCUAACUGUGUGUACAUAUAUAUUCUACAUAUAUGUAUAUUAAACCCGCACUGCCAUGUCUGCCCUUUUUUUGUGGUGUCUAGCAUUAACUUAUUGUCUAGGCCAGGGCGGGGGUGGGAGGGAAAUGCCACAGUGAAGGGAGUGGCAGAGACAAAUUGCUACAUAGUCAAAACGAAAAAGAAAACUUAAAAAAAAAAAAUUCGCAUGUCAAGAGACUAUUUAGAGUAAGUUUAAGCUAGGAGCUUUUAGGAUGUGGGAGCAAAGCUUUAGGUGGAGGGGAGGGCUGACUGUUGGAAGAGGGAAGAAGCCAGACUGGUUGGAGAGCACCCUUCUACUCCUAACCCAGCCCAGCCUGCCUGUCCCUUCUGGCCACUGCUGCGGACACCUGCCUUAACACAUACACCUCGAGUAUUCCACAGGUUUGCCUUAAAGGACCUUCCCAAGUUUCCCCAGCCCUGUCUGGCUUCUCCCUCAAGAAGAGAGAGGGAUACCUGUAGAACUAAGGAGGAGAAGGUAAGCAUGAAUUGUCCUUCCAAGGCAGCAUAUGUUAAGUGAGAUUGAGAGAGAGAGAGAGAGAGAGAGAGAGAAAGAGAGAAUGAGAAUAAAGAGUUUCCUUCAAAGAGAGAAGUUGAGAUGGGAGAAGGGAGACAGGGUCAUUUUCAGUGGAGUCUAGUAAUUUCUGUAAGGCAAAAUAAUCUAAAAAGACUAACCUGCCCACCCACCCCUUGUACUGCUGUGAAAUUGCCCCUAUCCUGUGCUCCUCCGUCUGCAGUGUGCACGGCCUUGUUCUAACCCUGGAAUAAAGGUGAUUGAUUGUACUGUA